AUGCGUAUCAAGGCUGUGUUGUUGUUGUUGUGCCUUUGGACGGUCUGGGCGCAAGUACCUGUUUCUAAAGAAGUAACGACCUGGCAAAAAAAUUUUAAUGUCGGAAAGUUCAUAACCCGAGGUGUUUGUUGUCCCAGAUUUGUGUUGGAAAGAACGAGUGGCAUGUGCAUUCUGACGAUUGUAAGUUUUUCGUUUUGUAAAGAAAGUUCUUGCCAUUUUUUACUUUGUAAAGAAAGUUCUUGUCAUUUUGUGUUUUGUAAAGGAAGUUCUUGCCAUUUUAUGUCUUGUAAAGGAAGUUCUUGCCAUUUUAUGUCUUGUAAAGAAAGUUCUUGCCAUUUUAUGUCUUGUAAAGAAAGUUCUUGCGAUUUUUCGAUUUGUAAAGAAAGUUCUUGUCAUUUUUUGAUUUUUAAAGAAAGUUCUUGCCGUUUUUUGUUUUGUAAAGAAAGUUCUUGCCAUGUUUAGUUUUGUAAAGAAAGUUCUUGCCAUGUUUAGUUUUGUAAAGAAAGUUCUUGCCAUUUUUCAAUAUUUAAAAAUUUUUAAAUUUGAAUUUUUAGCCCCCCAUCCAAACUGGUAACCGAGAGGAUUUUUGUAAACAAGCCGGAGCUUUUCUUUAUGGCGGUAAGCUUCCAUUUUAUUUUUAGUACUAUUAGUAUGGAUUGAGUACCAUCCAUAGCAUUUUUGGUACUAUUAGUAUGGACUGAGUUUCAUUUGUACCAUUUCUGGGGCUAUUUUGGGGUCAAAAAGUAUUUUUUUGUGGUUUUUGGCACUAUUUUCAUGUGUGUAGUACUAUUUUAGUGCUUAUAGUACCAGUUUUUAUCGUUUCAGUACUAUUCUGAAGGAACCUUGUACCAUUUUAUAUGGUUUAGUACUAUUUUAUAAGAGUCAUGGUAUCAUUUAUGUCUUUAUAUUACUAUUGUACUGCGUUUAGUACUAUUUUAGUAGUUAUAGUACCAGUUUUAUCGUUUCAGUACUAUUCUGAAGGUGUUUAUUACCAUUUGCUUAGUAAAUGUCUGUAUAGUACUAUUUUAUUGCUUUUAGUACUAUUGUUACGAGUUUAGCACCAUUUUUGAAAAAAUUAGUACCAUUUUUUAAAAUAGUACUGUAUAGUACGUACUGGGAUGAAAGUAUAGUACAGUAACUAACAUGAUCAACUUUCAGACACCAUUUGUGUUAUGAACGCGAGACCUCCACCAUCCGCCAACGGUACCACAAAUGGCACGGAGCCGGCCGGCAAUUCAACAGCCCACGCCACCCCUCUACCAAAGCCAAAACCCAACCCAAAGAAGGCGCUUUAA